AUGGCGUCUUCGGAGGCGCCUCCGGGGCCGCUGCUUGCCGCCCUGGCCGCGCGGCUGACGGGAAACGCCGAGGAGGAGCAGGCCGCGGCGGCGCCCGGUCGCCUGGCAACCGUCGGGCAGAUCGCGGCCCUCUUUCGUGACCGGGCGGGCAGGGAAAAAGCAACAGAAAGCCUAUUCCAAGAUCUCCUGCAAAUUUUGAGGAAGGCAUCUUAUGAAAUUGAUGUAACCUACAAGCAAAAUAAUACACUGGAACACACAGAUUCAUUGUUCCUGUUGGUAUCAGAAUGUUUCAGAUGCCUUCGGAAUGCUUGUGUUCAGUGUACCAAGAAUCAGAACGUUAUGAGGAACCUGGGGCUAAUUGAGGCAUCUGUACACUUGAUCCAAUUACUUCACAAAUUAGAAACUAAUCUGGAGUCAUUAUUGACAGCUUUUCGCUGUAGCCUCCAGUUUCUUGGAAACAUUGCAACUGGAAACAAAGAUUCUCAGCACAGGAUUUGGACUCUUGCUUUCCCUUCACUUUUCUUGAAUUGCUUGAAUCAUCAAGAUGAGAAAAUGGUUGCCUAUUGCUGUAUGGUUCUUUUCACUUGUCUUAACCCUGAGAGGACAAGAGAACUACAGGAAGAAAACAACUUGAACGUUGCCCUUGCUGUUCUGCGGGCUUCCAGAAAGUACCCGGAAUCGGAAUGGGCGUUCUUGAUUGUUACCAACCAUUUGCUGAAGUGCCCCGAGUUGGUCAAAGCCAUGUAUGCCAAACUGAGCAAUCAAGAAAGGGCUUCGUUUUUAGAAUUAAUACAGUCAGAAAUUGGUGAAAACAAUACAGUUAUCAGUGCAGAAACAGCCAAAUUUCUUGUAAAUUGUUUCAAGGAGAAAUGUCAAGCCGUGCUCAUCUUGGCUUUUGCAGCAAAUGAUGAUGAUGAGGAAGCACUAGUCACGAUUCGGCUUGUUGAUGUUCUUUGUGAAAUGACAUCAAACUCUGGACAUCUGGAAUGUCUGCAGGCUUGCCCUGAUUUGCUUGAGGUGACUGUCAAAACUUUGCAGCUUGCACAUCUCGCUGGGAAGAAGAGCACAAACAUCUUCACGGUGACUCACUCUGGGCAAGAACAAAGCUGUCAUCCAGCUGUGGGGUUUAAGUCACAUCUAAUUCGUUUGAUUGGAAAUUUAUGUUACAAGAAUAAGGCUAACCAAGACAAGGUUUAUGAUCUAGAUGGCAUCCCAUUGAUCCUGGAUAACUGCAGCAUUGAUGACAAUAAUCCUUUUGUAAGCCAGUGGGCAGUAUACACAAUCCGCAACCUCACGGAACAGAAUGAAAGAAACCAAGAACUCAUUGCACAGAUGGAGCAGCAGGGCCUGGCUGACAAUUCUGUCCUUGAGAACAUGGGAUUGAAAGUUGAGAAACAAGAUCAGAAGUUGAUUUUGAGAUCCAGUGGAAAGACACCACAUCUAUAAGCAACUGCAGGGUGAAUGGUUUUCAUCUGUUUUGUUGUAGAUACGAUACCAGUGUGGUAUAAAGUGGACACUCAACCAGAUUGUUGCCAUUAUUUCUUACCAAAGUCAAAGGUUAAUUUUAAACCUUCCUAGAUUGAAUAAAAUGUUAGUACCAAAUAAACUGCAAAUCCCAAAUUAUGGA